UCCCGGCUCCCAAGAGCCCCCGCGCGCGGUGCAGGCUGGGGGAACAUGGCCGCUUCCGGUCCCGCAUUGUGGCUGGUGCUAGGCUGACCGCGGCCGAGGCCCUGUGCGCUCCUCCCUGUGCAUCUGUCGCCCGCGGCCGCAGAGGGUGCGGCGGCCUCCUGUUCUCGCGCCAUGGAGAAGAGCUCGAGCUGCGAGAGUCUCGGCGCGCGGCCCCCGGCGGCACGGCCACCCAGUGAGGACUCACUGUCCAGUUAAUGUGUUAAGAGCCAUUGACAUUUGAAGAUCAUCAGAAGUGAAGAUAAAAGAUCUCAAAAAUUAUAAUUGCUUCUACUUCUCAUUCAGAGAACUCGGUGCAUACGAAGUCAGCUUCUGCUAUAUCUUCAGAUUCCAUUUCAACUUCUGCAGACAACUUUUCUCCUGAUUUGAGGGUCCUGAGGGAGUCAAACAAAUUAGCAGAAAUGGAGGAACCAAGCCUGCUUCCAGGAGAAAACAUUAAGGACAUGGCCAAAGAUGUGACUUACAUAUGUCCCUUCACUGGUGCCGUACGAGGAACGCUGACUGUCACAAAUUACAGAUUAUAUUUUAAGAGCAUGGAACGGGACCCCCCUUUUGUUCUAGAUGCUUCUCUUGGAGUGAUAAGUAGAGUAGAAAAAAUUGGUGGUGCAUCUAGCCGAGGUGAAAACUCUUAUGGCCUGGAGACUGUGUGCAAGGAUAUCAGGAAUUUACGAUUUGCUCAUAAACCAGAGGGGCGAACAAGAAGAUCCAUAUUUGAGAAUCUAAUGAAAUAUGCAUUUCCUGUAUCUAAUGGCUUGCCUCUUUUUGCUUUUGAGUAUAAAGAAGUAUUUCCUGAAAAUGGGUGGAAACUGUAUGACCCCCUUCUAGAGUAUAGAAGGCAGGGGAUUCCAAACGAAAGCUGGAGAAUAACAAAGAUAAAUGAACGCUAUGAAGUUUGUGACACAUAUCCUGCCCUCUUGGUUGUGCCAGCAAACAUUCCUGAUGAGGAGCUAAAGAGAGUGGCAUCUUUCAGGUCACGGGGUCGAAUCCCAGUUUUAUCCUGGAUUCAUCCUGAAAGUCAAGCCACAGUCACUCGCUGCAGCCAACCCAUGGUGGGGGUGAGCGGGAAGCGCAGCAGAGAGGACGAAAAAUACCUUCAGGCCAUCAUGGACUCCAACGCCCAGUCGCACAAAAUAUUUAUAUUUGAUGCUCGGCCAAGUGUCAAUGCUGUUGCCAAUAAGGCAAAGGGAGGAGGUUAUGAAAGUGAAGAUGCCUAUCAAAAUGCAGAACUCGUUUUUCUGGAUAUUCACAAUAUUCAUGUUAUGCGAGAGUCAUUACGGAAGCUUAAGGAGAUUGUAUACCCCAACAUUGAGGAAACUCACUGGUUGUCUAAUUUGGAAUCUACGCACUGGCUGGAACACAUUAAGCUCAUCCUUGCUGGCGCUCUUAGGAUUGCUGACAAGGUGGAGUCAGGGAAGACGUCUGUGGUGGUGCACUGCAGUGAUGGCUGGGAUCGCACAGCUCAGCUCACUUCCUUGGCCAUGCUCAUGUUGGACGGAUACUAUCGAACCAUCCGAGGAUUUGAGGUCCUCGUAGAGAAAGAGUGGCUAAGCUUUGGACAUCGAUUCCAACUGAGAGUUGGCCAUGGAGAUAAGAACCAUGCAGACGCAGACAGAUCCCCUGUCUUCCUUCAAUUUAUCGACUGUGUCUGGCAGAUGACAAGACAGUUCCCUACUGCGUUUGAAUUCAACGAGUAUUUCCUCAUUACUAUCCUGGACCACUUGUACAGCUGUUUAUUUGGGACCUUCCUCUGUAACAGUGAACAGCAGAGGGGGAAAGAGAAUCUUCCUAAGAGGACAGUGUCACUGUGGUCCUACAUAAACAGCCAGCUGGAAGAUUUCACUAAUCCUCUUUAUGGAAGCUACUCCAACCAUGUCCUUUACCCAGUAGCCAGCAUGCGCCACCUAGAACUCUGGGUAGGCUAUUACAUAAGGUGGAACCCCCGGAUGAAACCACAGGAACCUAUCCACAACAGAUACAAAGAACUUCUUGCCAAAAGAGCAGAGCUUCAGAGAAAAGUAGAGGAACUUCAGAGAGAAAUUUCCAACCGCUCAACCUCUUCUUCAGAGAGAGCCAGCUCUCCUGCACAGUGUGUGACUCCUGUCCAAACUGUUGUAUGAAAGGACUAUUGUCAGGGGCAUCGUUGCCAGGAAUUUGACAUUACAGCACCUUAGCAGGCUUAGGGUAGAAAGCCUUCUGUGUUUUAAAUCCAUCUAUGGGAGAAACCUUCAGAUGCCGUAUUUAUUUCAAGUCUCUCUUAGAUGAGUUUAGAAACGUCUGCUGCAGGUGACAAUGGAAAUUAUUUCAUUUGUAAUUAAGGUAUGACACUAAUCUUAAGCCACCCAAAGAAUACCAAAGUACUGGAAUUUUGUAUCCAUGCAUGGGAACAAAUUUUUAAUUCAAAAAUGUCUUAAAAAACUGAGUACCUGGCAAGAUCUCUAGGCGGCAGAAAAGCAAGAGCAGCUGUUCUUAUACCCAAGAGCAUAUGUGCUGGGCCUUGUUGGACAUGUCAGAUCAAAAUCACCCUUCUCAAAUUUCCUAAUUUUUGUGGUAUUUAAUAAAGAAAUUAUUAUGGCAUAUCAGUAGUUAAAAAUUGCUGCUGACAUUGUAAUUAGGGUAUUUUCAACAGCAGUUACUAAAGGUUGAUGCCUUAUAUAUGUGCUUGGGGGGAGGGGGAGUGAAGGGACAAAGCAGUAGCUGUUAUCCAGGAAUUGAAAGAACAUUCCACACCUUCAGACUAAUUUCCAUUUGUAUGCUUAUCACUAACAUCAAGGAAGACAUUUUAGAAACUGUUAUACCACUUUAUCUUAAUGCUAAUUGGCAAGUUUUAAGACAAUAUUUUAAAACCUUAAAAGUCUGACUUUAGUGCUAUGUUUAAAUUUCACAUGAACACUUUACCAAAGAACACACUGCAUGUAAAGACUUACAAUCUCAGUGCCAGCAAGUAAAGCCUUGUUUCUCUACUCACCGGAGUUGGGUGCUGGUGUGAACAGUUGACCUCCUGGUGUCCAUUUUACUCUGUCUAAGAGCCAUAUGUAAUGUACUGUAACAAAGGAGCUUAUUACCACUGCAUCUUUUAAUUAAAUGCUUUCAACCUUU